AUGACGGACACAGUUCUAUCGGAACCGGCUAAUACAGGGAGCCGCUGGAAUUUAUUACAGUUCUCACUAGUAUGUUGUUUUACGGUCGGGAUACAUGGCACGACUAGUCUCCCCCACUUCUCCUUUAUUCACACAGAGGUAUUCCUGAUUGCCUACUACGUAUUGUUGAUCCUGAUAUGUAUACCCGUCUGCUACGUACAAAUCAAAUUAGGCGCCAUCUAUCGGCGGGGCAUUGUGGGUAUCUUCAGCCAUCUUGUCCCGAUUCUCAAAGGUUCAGCAGUGGCCAUAUUAUUGAUGACGUAUAUCCGGUCCCUCGUGAACGGCCUUGAACUCAGCUAUACCCUUUAUUACAUGUUUGCGGCGUUCAAGAACGAUUCUCUGGGUGUACGAGACGACAAUCCAAACUACGCAUCGAUACUCUUUCAUGAACGGUUUCUGCAACGUUCCCAACAUAUUGGCCAGGGUGGUCACGUGGUCUGGUAUAUCGCCCUCUGUCUCUUGGCUACAUGGACGGUUACGUAUCUUAUGACAUUCAAAGGAUUCCAGGGACUGGGAAAGAUUGUUUAUGGACUGAUUCCCGUGGGUCUCGUCUUAGCCUUUGUCGUUUUCAUGUAUGCAUUCAUCGCCGGGCCGCAUCAAUUAGACAUCCCACGGGAGUUUCGUCAUUAUCGCGUGAUCCCAUCAAAAGUUAACACAAGUGACGUCAUAGUGGAAGAGGAUCCCAGUGAGACAAGAACUUUGUCAGAUCUAGCUCAUCCAAAGCCGUGGGUAAGCGCCCUUCUGAUACACAUGAGUAGUGUGGGGUUGUGGGCCGGGAUCCUACCGUCCCUGGGAGCGCAGUUGUACAACAGCAAGAAGAUCAUCAACGCAUCGUGGAUCAUUUUGUUGGCAAUCUACGGUACACUUCCGGUCCUUGUCAUGUUGGCGUUUGAUCAGUUUUUCCAAGCAGCCAGUAACUCUGGCUUCAUAGCAGUGGCCAAUGGAGUCAAACCAGGGCUUUCACAUCUGUUGGUGGGGAUGUACGCCAAGUUGCGCCACCUACCGUUCGUUGCAUUUAGCGUAUAUCUGAUCUCCUUCCUUUUCGGAGUGGUCCACCAGGCGGUACAUUUAGUAACGAUCUGGGAAACUCUCCUGCCCGUCAUUCCACUUCCGGUUAUGAGGAUCGUUAGACGACGGGAGUGUCUCGUUGCCAUCGCUUGUGUUGUCUCCAUGCUUAUAAGUCUACCGUUCGCGUCACAGGCCGGAAUUUUUAUCUACAUGGUCGUUAACAGCUACGUCGACCGUCUCAUUUUCACCCUUAUUAUCAUCAGCAUGGUGCCGUUCAUCACUGGCUACAUUAAACAGGAGUGCCUGUAUCUGCCAGUAGAGCGCGCCUGUAUGAGUCUGUGGUACGGAUUAUCCUCCCUGGUUCCUUCCGCAAUGCUGAUUUACUACUUCGCGGUGUACGUUUACCCAUUCCCGGUCGUGGGGUAUGACCAGCGGAAAGCUGAAACGGUGGGAUGGUGCAUUGCCGCCGCGCCCAUCAUACUGGGACUCAUCUUCGGGGCAUUACAUGCCGUCUUUAACGAGAAGGGCACGCUACGUCAGCGCUUAAUCCACGCCUUAAAGACAGACAGUUUGCGGACAACAGACAGCACGAAUGAUUAUGACGUUUCGGACACAACAAACACGGGUCUACACCCUUCCAAACCCGCCAGUAAAACAAACACACUCGACAAAACGGAAACGGAAGUGGUGAUGAAAGCCCCAGACAGCAACACGGAUAUCGCCAAGAUAUAA